AGUUGGGUGCUCUUGGGUUCAAAGCCGGAGUCCAGCACUUCCCUGCGGGGAGUCCAACCAGAUGCAGGGCCCUCGGGAACGUCGCUGGGGCCCGGGGAAAGCGCUCGGGCCCCGCCGCGCCCACCUGCUGCGCGCGGCCGGAGAGCAGGGUCGGCACUGUCACCGGGAUGGACCCGGAACCCGCGGAGAAACCGAAACUUGGCCCCCGGAUUAGGAGGGGGCCGGCCCGGACGGCGGCCGGACGCGACGCAAAGGGACGCAAGCGCCGCUCCCCGGCAGUGCCUCGGGCCCGGCCGCCGCGACCCAGGACCAGACUCAGCAGGACCCCUGAUCCACCUGCGGCCAAGGUGCCCGCGCCCGGGCCCUGCAACUAUGCACCCCAGCCCGGCGCGCCAGCUCUCACCUCGGCGGCUCCCGAGCCCACUCUGUCGCCUGGGCUUCCAGGACCAGCAGGAGAGGCAGGGAGUCAAGGCCGUUUAGGAAGCCAAGGAAAUAAAGGAGAACCUGGCGAUCUGGGAACAAAGGGAGCCAUUGGCCUUCGGGGUCCUCGAGGCUUGCCGGGUGGUGACGGCAACCCAGGCUAUGGUAGUGUUGGAAGUAAAGGAGCAAAGGGGCAAGAAGGAUUCCCUGGAGAAAUUGGACCUAAGGGUGAGGUCGGGGACCCCGGUGGCCCAGGAGAAACUGGACCCAAGGGCGCUAGAGGCAAGACGGUAUCUGCUGGGCUUCCGGGAGAACCAGGAUCCCCUGGGGAGCUGGGACCUCCUGGGCGCAAGGGUGUGAAAGGGGCCAAAGGAUUGGCUUCAUUCUCUACAUGUGAGCUCAUCCAGUAUGUGCGGGACCAUAGUCCUGGCAGACAGGGAACGCCUCCGUGCCCCGUGUACCCCACGGAGCUGGUGUUCGCGCUGGACCAGUCGCGGAGCGUCACAGAGCCCGAGUUUGCGCGGAUGAAGGCGAUGAUGUCCUCCCUGCUGAGCGGCCUCCGGGUCCGCGAGGACCACUGCCCCGCAGGCGCGCGCGUGGCCGUGCUCGCCUAUGAUUCCCACGCCAGGCUCCUCAUCCGCUUCUCCGACACCUACAGGAAGGACAGACUCCUCCGAGAGAUCGAGGCCCUCCCUUACGAGCGCUCCGCGGCCAGCAGGGACAUUGGCAAGGCCAUGAGGUUUGUCUCCAGGCACGUCUUCAAGCGGAUGCUCCCGGGGUCUCACGCCAGAAGAAUCGCCACCUUCUUCAGUGGCGGCCCAUCCGUGGACCCCCAGACCAUCACCACCGCCGGCCUAGAGUUCAGCGCCCUGGACAUCAUCCCAGUGGUGAUCGCCUUCAAUCAGGUGCCCGCGGUGCGGCGAUCGUUUGUGAUUGAUGACACAGGCAGAUUCCAAGUCAUCAUUAUCCCAUCCGGAGCUGACUCCGUACCAGCACUCGAGGAACUCCAGCGGUGUACUUUCUGCUACGAUGUGUGCAAGCCGGAUGCUUCUUGCCAUCAAGCCAGACCACCCCCUGUGCAAUCUUAUGUGGACGCUGCUUUCCUUCUGGACGGCUCCCGGCACGUGGGAAGCACAGAAUUUGAAGACAUACGGGGAUUCUUGGGAGCACUGUUAGAUCACUUCGAAAUCACCCCAGAGCCUGAGACCUCUGUCACCGGAGACCGGGUGGCACUAUUAAGCCUCAGUCCCCCUCACUUCCUACCCAACACUCAGAGGAGCCCUGUUAUAAGCGAAUUCAACCUGACCACCUACAAGAAUAAGCGCCUCAUGAAGAGACACGUGGAGGAAUCCGUUCAGCCGCUAGAUGGAGAUGCUUUUAUUGGUCAUGCCUUACAGUGGACUCUGGACAAUGUCUUCUCAAGGGCACCCAAUCUGAGAAGAAACAAAGUCAUUUUUGUGAUAUCUGCUGGGGAAACCAGCCACUUGGACAGGGAAACCUUAAAGAAAGAAUCCCUGAGGGCCAAGUGUCAAGGUUAUGUCCUGUUUGUGUUUUCCCUUGGGCCUUCUUGGAAUGACCAAGAACUGGAAGAUCUAGCCAGCUACCCUUUGGAUCACCACUUGGUCCAGCUUGGCCGCAUUCAUAAGCCUGACCACAGAUAUGGUGUGAAGUUUGUGAAGGCUUUUAUAAGCUCAGUCAGGCGUGCAAUCAACAAAUAUCCACCAAUAAAUAUCAAAGCAAAGUGCAACAGACUCAGUUCUACGGAUCCACAGCAGCCCCCACUACAGUUUGUGCGAAGCUUUGUUCCUGGGCCACACAGAGCUACCCUCAAAGAAGAUGCAUUGAAGAAGGCAAGGUUCUUUCAACACAAAAAAUACUUUUCAAGAAUAGCAGGAGGCGGCAGAGAUGAUACUAUUCAAAAUUUUACCAGAAACAUAUUCCAUGUCUUUGAAAAUGGAAAAAGGGUGAUAAAAGCUGCUCCCAAACAACAUGAUAAAAGAAGCGCUCAGAGAGUUUAACCUCAGGAAGCAUGGUAAGACUCUGGGCUCAAAUAACUGCAUUCACAGUCACAACGUCGGGCAAUUUUGACUUGCGUUUCUCCCCGCAUCCGAGGUCCAGUCUGAACAUGUCACAGGUGGUGGGUCACUGUGCAACCUGACCCCAUUCACUCAUUGGUAGUAAGAUGUAUCUUGUCCAUUUAUUUGACCAUUCCUGAUAGUUCUAGCACUCAGACACUGGUAUGUUCAAGAACUGUUAUCAUCAAAAGACAGAAGAACAAAAGGACUGUUUUGGAAAGUCUCAUGGAGAUACGAUUUGAAGGUAAAUGUUAUGUCACAUAUACACGUGUGUACAGGGUCCAGCGCUCAUGCUUUUGAAAUUGAGGGUCUCCAUCUAGUCCACCUUCUACAGGCUGAGCCUUGCUUCUGAGCUUAGGACUGAUUAAUUCUCAUCUAUUUAGCCAAAGGUUAAUGUUUUGGGAGAUCUCAGCAUCAACCCAGAAACCAAUGCUAUUUGUAUGCCUAACUUUGAAAAUCUGACCUUCCACAACGAUUCCAUCUCAACCCACCUGUCUGCUGGGACUGACUGGAUCUCCGAUGGGCUUGUGCUGGAAGCUUUCCUCCACCUUGUGUAGCUGUUGGCUUGGACAGAAACAGAGGUUAACUUCCCCAGCUCCAAAUCAUCUUUAAACUCGCUGGGAAACUCAUAUUUGCUAAGAACAUCAAUUAAGUAGACCUUGUGCCAGCCCAUUUUGAUAGGACUUUUCUUCUUUCCCAUUACUGUCAGUUAUCAUUCUUUUAAGUAACCUAUGUAUGCUUAGGCAAGAACAGUGCAGACAGAGCACGUCGUGGGUGGAAGCUCUGCAUCACCUGUCAGGUGGCUCUUUUGUUAAUAGUGAGCAGCUCCAGAGAGAACAGGCAGAGAUCUGAAAAGGGCUUCAGUGCUCACUGAGCUUGGAAAAGACGAAGGUGUCCUUGUCCUCAUCUACGAAGUCUUAUGGGGGGUGGGGGUGGGAUGCAAAGAGGUCACUGUGAGUGACAGCAGGCCAGGCAAGGCCUUCAGAGUGCACCUCUCGUGGCUCUGCUCACUCCCAUCCAGAGCACAUGCUGCAUUUUUAACCAGCUAAAUAAACACUGCAGGAGCAAUCCUCGAUUUAGACGUCAUGUCAAGUUCUAAGAGCCUGCUCCACAGCUGGUUGCGGGAGCCUGGCCGCGGAGACGGCCGUGGGCUCCGGGGAGGCGGGGAGGCCCUGCAGGGCUGGGGGAGGCACGCGGCUGCGGACACCAAGUCCGUGGGGAUCCCGACUCUCCUCCCUCGCCUCUGCUCACAAAACCUGGGCGAGAGCCAUCUGCAGUGCCUUCUCCACAUCACUUCUGCCAUCCUUCCCCCGGCAACUCCAUAGCACUGGCUCCCAACGUCUCCAGAGCAAGGAGUCAAACCGUUGCAUCCACACUCAGGUAACAGAGAAGAAUAAAGCACAUUGGCCUUCUUUCUGUAUCCUAAAUGAUGCUUAGGGGCUCAGGAAAAAUUCAAGUACUGGAAAUUGAUGCGUGAUAUUUAAGAGGUAUUUGAAUAAAAAGGAUUUUCCUGGUUAA